CUCGACUACCACCGUCUAACUGCUUCUUGCUGGUGCUUCAUUUGACAGAAGCGCGGAAUACUUUCUUCAUCCUUGAACAGAUAUCCCCCGGUUUCCCCGUAUUUUAGGAUUCCACUCCCUUUCCUGCCAACAUAUUGACUCCGGUUUACUCGAGCAUCGAUGCCUUUUUGCCGUUAACAAAUGGGACCAAAAGUCUUCCAUCGAGUACGUUCCUCCAUGAGUUCUACUCGUGACCUACAAGCGCCCUGGGAGAGACCGCUCUCAAAGCGGCUGAUAAUUUCAUAUGUCGUGGACUGGAUAUUCAUAUUGUUCACUGGAGCUUUGGGCCGUAUUGUUAAGGUUGCCGAGCCUAACAGGAGACCAUUUAGUCUCACCGAUCAGAAUAUAUCUUACCCAUUCGCUGUUCAUGAAAGAGUCCCUGUAGCGACUCUUAUGAUGGCCAGCCUUCUUGUGCCGGCUGCCGUGAUCGCUGUUUUCAGCAUGCUUAUUGUCCCCGGUCCGGCAGACAAACGCGCCUUCGGCGCGGAGGCAUGGCGACGGAAAUUCUGGGAGUGGAAUGCAGGAUGGAUGGGCUUGGGUGUGGCGUAUGCUGGCGUGUACGCAGCGACGGAAGCGAUGAAGGUCAUGUUUGGCAAGCCCAGGCCCGACCUACUGGAUAGAUGCGAUCCAGACUUGUCGAAUAUUGCGGCGCACGUCAUCGGAGGCCUGGGUGGUCAGGUUGCUGGUGCCCCUUCGCUCGUGUCUUGGACGAUCUGCAGGAAUACCACGAAAAGGCUCCUGAAAGAUGGAUUUGUGAGCUUCCCAAGCGGCCAUUCUUCGAUGUCCUUUGCUGGUUUGACGUAUCUGUCACUAUGGCUUUGUGCUAAGCUGGCUAUUACAAUUCCGUUCUUGUCAGUCGCAUCCCUUCAGGAGGUCGAACAGCCAAACCUCAACAAAUCCCCUGUGUCGCUUCGAAACCGGGGUGCAGCACCACCGACUGUUCUGGUUCUUUUAGUUUUUGUGCCUAUUGUGGCAGCAACAUAUAUAGCGUCUAGCCGGUGGGCCGAUAGCCGCCAUUUUGCCUUUGACAUCCUCUUCGGUGCUUUGUUAGGCAUCGCCUUUGCAUGGCUCGGGUUUCGCUUGUAUCAUCUCCCGUUAAAUUCAGGGCAAGGGUGGGCAUGGGGUGCGAGGGACAAGAACCGAGCAUUUUUUGGAGACAUAGACCACACGAGUUACGCAGCUGACAGGGCACUUUCAACCACGAGGAAUGCCGGUUCGUUCUCACCGAAUUCCGCUGAGAGAAACAGAGACGAAUUGUUACCCACGACGGGUGAAAGGCCGAAUGGGAGCUCGACUAAUGGUUACUGAGCAGAACUUCAGGCGACUGCUUGGUGGGGAUGUUUGUUUUGCAGCUUGGAACGAAUGUCAAUGAUCUAGAUACCCAAUGAAGUAGCUAUUCAGACACAUAUAUUACUAUAAUUCAAACUGCUUUAUUACCAA